AUGAAUGACUCAACGGUCGCCAAUGACACUUGGCAGUGGUACAAGGAUGUGGUGCGCUCCUGGAUGGAGGACCCUGGAGUUGAGGAGCACCAGGGUCUUAAUAUCAGUGCCCUGAUGAUGGACCAGGCGUAUGUUGUUGCGGAGACUGACAGGAGUGUUGCUGUUUAUAGCGUGUCUGAUGAUUGCUUCAGGUGUCCGUUCGAGCUUCAAAAGUCAUUAUCAGCAGGCUUCGAUAGCUGGUGGGUUGUGGACACAGCCAGGCGAUCAACAUGGCGCGUCUACACAGACACGACAGAACAGUAUAUAAGUCUGAGAAAUACUACGGGAUUGUUAUGUCAGCUGAGACCGAAUUUGGGUGAAUUUGGUGUAUAUGCCCUGAAUGUAACCGGUGGUGGAUGUGAUAUGCGAACCACAAAAGAACCAGUUGACAUUUAUAUGCGUAAGUAA